AUGGCAAAAACAUCGGAAGUUAUUGCAGGCAUAGCCCUGGGCAUCCCAAUAAUGAGUUGGCUGCUGGUACCCAUCAUCACCUUUCUCGUGAACAAAUUCUUUUCCAUCCUCCUUAACGACACAUCAAGAAAACUCAGUAACCUGGAGAACCUCACUAUCCCAAGUCUGAAGGAGACUCUGAUAGAAGUAGAGGAGCAGAGGAUGCUUAGAGCAGCUAAAGAUGUGAGGUCUGAGUCUGAUUUGAGGACUCUCGAUGGACUGGCGACAGAACUCAAAUCUGCCUUGUAUGAAGCGGAGGAAAUCCUGGAUCUGAUAGAUUAUUAUCGGAUCGAGAAGAAAAUCGUUGAUGAUGCCAAAGAGAAUGGCAGAAGCUGGGUGCAGCAAAUCCUCUGCGCUUUUGGCGCUUGCAUGGUCCACUGCAAGGGAAGCAGCUGGGUGCAGCACCUGCACGGCGGCGUUGACUUUUGCAUCACCUGCUGCAAGGGGAGCUUGUUCGGAAGAUCAGGUGGGCAACUUCCAAUUUCCCGUGCAUCCUCCAUUUCUGUGGUGCAGAGGCUCUGUGGCGGGUACCAUAUCGCCAACAGCCGUCGAUCUGGGAUGCAGUGGCUCUGUGACUGGUUCUGGCACCUCGUACUCAAAAUCACCAACUGCUGUAGAUAUGGGGUGCCGAGACUCUGUAGCCAGUUCAGGCAUCUCGUAUUCAAAUUUGCCAAGUUAUGUCAAUCUGGGAUUCAGACGCUCUAUGGUUUGCCAGCCGAUGUGAUUGCAGCUAACCAGGAUUGGUCAUAUAAAGUUAUUGGCAUCAAAAGUAAUCAGAAGGAUGGCACAGCAACAGGUUCUUUCUUGCUAACCAUUGCUAGAAAUAGCUUGACGAAAAGAAUAGAGCACUUAGAAAACGUUCUCAAUGACUUGAAGAAAUCACAUCUGUUGAAUCAGCAAAGCAGCAGCAGCCAAAUUCCCAAGAAGGAUAGUAACAAAGAAAGGAGUAGAAGGCAGGAGGAUAUUGAGUACCUGUGCAGAAGCAUUGAACGGAAGGUAUUCGGUCGAGAUAAGGAGCGUGAGAUGAUUAUUAGUAUGCUUCGUAGGGGACCUGGUCCGGAUACACCAAGCUCCAGUACCAGUAAACAUUAUUCUGUGAUUGGUAUAUAUGGCAUUGCAGGGUCUGGGAAGAGUACCCUGGCACAAUAUGUUUGUGAUUAUGAGAAGGCCGAAGGCCAACAUUUUGACCCUGUCAUGUUCAUUCAUGUGUCUGAGGCAUUUAGAGUGGAUAAGAUAUUUCGUGACAUGUUGAGGGAGAUCAGGAAAGACCGGCAAUCUGACAGCAAUGAUGUGAAAGGUCUACAUGAUGAGCUGAAGGAAAAGUUGAAAGGAAAACGUUUCUUGUUGGUACUGGAUGAUCUCUGGGUCAGUGGUGAGAACAGAGAGGAACGUGCUAUUCUACUUGGUGUGCUGGAUGCUGGGCAGAGUGGAAGCCGAAUUCUGGUGACAGCUCAGAAGAAAGAUGCAGCUGCAGCUCUAGGUGCUCAGGAGCAAAUCCCAAUACCGGAUAUGGAAGAAGAGCAGUACUUCUCAAUGUUCAUGCACUAUGCCCUAGAAGGCACGCGUUCUGAUAAUGGAAGAUUUAUAGCAAUAGGGAGAAAAAUUGCGAAAAGGCUUGGCAGAUCACCCAUUGCAGCAAUAACAGUAGCAGCACGGCUUCAGAGUAACAACAGUAUCGAUUUCUGGGAAACAACAGGGAACCUUGACAUGUUGAAUGAAACAAUGGGAGCUCUGUGGUGGAGCUAUCAGCAGCUAGGUAUAGACAUCAGGCGAUGCUUUUCAUACUGCAGCACUUUCCCGAAAGGAUACAGGUUAGUACGAGAUGAGUUGGUUCGCAUCUGGAUAGCACAUGGAUUUGUAAACACCAGGAUGAAUGCAACAGAGCAAUUGGAAGACAUAGGCCUCCGCUACUUAAACGAACUACUGACAUUCUCAUUUCUGCAAGUAGAAAGAACGAUUUUUGGUACUGAAACUGAGGCAUUCACAAUUCAUGACCUGCUACACGAGUUGGCUGAGAGGGUUUGCGGAACUGAAUGCUUCAGAAUUGUUUCAAAUGCCCUACCAAAAGAUAUUCCGCAAGAGGUUCGCCAUCUUUUUGUUGGUAUUGGGACUGACAAUAGAGCAGUGAUUACAAAGAAAAUUCUGGACUUGGUAAAUCUACGCACUCUCAUCAUUGAUGAAGAGUACAGCGAAAAUAAGAGGAAAAUAUUUGCAGCUCAAGAUGCUGAGGAAUUGGACCACACCUUAAUUAACGAAAAACUCUUUGACAGAAUGUUCAAGAGCCUGAGGAAACUGCGGGUGCUGAUAUUUAAAACAAAAUACUACCAUGAACAAGUGUUGUUAGUUCCAUCAUCUAUUGAUCAGAUGAAGCAUCUACGUUAUCUUAACUUUAAUAUGGACUGUUCCCAUCGCAGUGUGGAGCUUAUUUUCCCAAGCACAUUUAGCAAGCUUUACCAUAUGCAGAGCAUAUAUGCUGAGAAGGUUUCCUGUGCUGAAGAUAUCACUAAGAAUCUCACUUCGUUGCGGCAUAGCUCUUCAUCGUCGAUGGGAUUUGCAAACAUUGGCAGGCUGACGUCACUCCAAUCACUAGGAUACUUCCAAGUAAAGAAGGAACAAGGGUACGAAUUGAAGCAGCUGAAGCACCUAAACAACCUUCGAGGUACGCUGGUGAUAGAUGGUCUCGGGAUUGUCAGAAGCAAAGAGGAAGCUCUUGAAGCCCACCUAGCCGGCAAGAAACGACUAAGAAAACUGGAACUGUCAUUCUGUGUCCGUCAGGCCGGGGAUCCAAACGCCGUGGCAGAGAUACUUAACCUCCUUUUACCACCAGAGGAUCCUGGGAAGAGCUCACGGUCAACCAACCGUGACAAGGCUACAAGGUACCAUGGCUGGAUGAUGGGGGGCCAGACUCCAGAUGCCGCUGCAGAGGUACUUGAGGGCCUUUGUCCCCCGAAGGAUCUUGUAGCACUCACAAUCAACCGCUACAAGGGUUCGAGAUAUCCUAGCUGGAUGUUAAGUCACCAUAAUCCAGACGCCCUAAAGCACCUGCAACAACUUAAACUCCAUAAUUGCAGCCCAUUGGAGUAUUUUCCUGGAGAUAUCGAGUUGUUCAGUUGUCUGCGUGAGCUUCAGGUUUCCCUUUGCAACUGGGACAGCUUACCAGAAAAUAUGGAGCUCCUUGUUUCGCUCCGGAGUGUGUUAAUUAUGAGAUGCGAUAAGAUGGAGCGCCUUCCGACGCUGCCACGGUCGCUUGUGAAGAUUGAAAUCCACGGGUGCCGUGUGCUCAGUAGAACCUGCCAAGUAGAGGGACACGAAAAUUGGCAGAAGAUCCAGCAUGUUCCAGAGAGACAUAUAUCUCCGAGAAGAGCAUGUCACAAUUAA